AUGGCCGAUCAGAAGCGUGUCGUGCCCUUUAAUCCAGCUCAUCCCCACUCCCCUCUUAUAUAUUCAAAUCCCCUCGUUUCAGUUUUUCAUCGUCUGUUCUUCGUUUCCCCUCCUCUACAGAAGCUUUUAUUAAGACUUUCAAUCAAUUUGAAAAUGUCAGGACGUGGAAAGGGAGGAAAGGGAUUGGGAAAGGGAGGAGCGAAACGUCAUAGGAAGGUUCUCCGUGACAACAUUCAGGGGAUCACGAAGCCGGCGAUCCGUCGUCUGGCGAGGAGAGGCGGUGUGAAGCGUAUCAGUGGUUUGAUAUACGAAGAGACUCGUGGAGUAUUGAAGAUCUUUUUGGAGAAUGUGAUCAGAGACGCCGUUACAUACACAGAACAUGCUCGCCGGAAAACUGUUACAGCCAUGGAUGUCGUGUAUGCGUUGAAGAGGCAAGGCCGUACUCUUUACGGAUUUGGUGGUUAAGGUUUGUCUGUUUAGAAAAAGUCUUGCUAUCAAGAAAGAAAAGGGUUAAGGUUAGGGUUAGAGUUCUUCCUAUUUGGGUCGGGUUGGGAUCCACAUUGUUGUUUAAAUUUACUCGAUUUAAUGUAAUUAGUUGGCUAUGCAAUGAAUGAGUUGAUGCUUAUUUUAAACAUAGUGUUCUAACUGAAUUGACAGUUACUUGUUUUAGC